GAGGUGGCAGACACUACUGGCAUGACCACACAGUGGGGUGUUACACCGAUGGCACACAGACACGCUGGCUCACCCCCGCACCACCAGCAAGGACGCGGCAGAUCCAUCGUCGCAGCCACCUCCACUCGUCGAAGCCACCUACUAAUCCAAGCCUCGAUCUGGUCUGUGCUGCCAGUAUCGUACUGCGGCUCUGUCUAGCUAGCUUGCUGUUGGUAGACAGCUCUUCGUUGUCAAAAGAGUCUGUUGUAGCUAGCUCGUUUACUAUAGAGCCAAUCGGUUACCGCUGCCAUGAGUGCUUCGACGACGAGCAAGAAGCUGAAUGGCGAUAGCCAACCAGCAGAAGCAGCAGCAGGAGACGACGACGAGUUGAUGGGUUGGGCUGAUGACGAUGAGAAGACAACAACGCUGAUCGCGAACGAUUGAUAUCCAAUCGAGAGCUCAGCGAGUGUGAUCGAGAGGAACUCCAUUUGAUAGGCCACGUCCAAGGGAAUGCAGGGCACACAAUGUUCAUAUCCAGCCCUGAGGCCAAGAUAUUGGCAUGUGACUCCAUGAUCCGUCGGAUACCCUGGGUCAGGAGAUGGGGCGGUAACAAGAGACCGUCGAGCGCCAUUAGUCAGGAGGAAGAUGAAAUCCCUGAACCUGCUCCGGCGACAGAAAACAAUCGGAAAAAACCUCCACCUUUUAGAAACCACAAGGUAGUAGUAUCAUCCGCACCCUCGCAAGACCAGCCAGUGGCAGAAUCAUCAUCACAACAGCAACAACAAACUCGUCAACCUACUAAGCAAGCACGAAAGCAACAGCAUUCUCAGGACCAGCAAGAUCAACAAGAACGAAUAAGACAACAAAAAGAUGUAGAGUCCUUAAUAGGGACCCCCCUGCAAGACUGGGUGCCUUUCGAUCUCUACACCAAAAUCACCAAUGAAGUUGAGACUAUGAAGAAAGCCAAGUCCACGAGAACGUUCCUCUUCUACGAACACAGAAAAGAUGCUUACGCAAUAUCCUUGUCCACCACAACACGCGCUUUUGAAAAUAUAUGUAUCGAAAUAGAGGAGGUUGAGUCUACGGAAGCCGCUGGCGAAUUCUACAAUACACUGGUGUCGUUAGGAAGAGUUAUGGAGUUUUAUGCAGACGAAAAGGUCAUCAAAAACGCCUGUGACACUGUUUUCAAGCUACUCGAACACUACGAUCGAGGCAUGGUCUAUCGCUUCAAUGAUGACAACUCCGGGGAAGUCAUACAUGAAAUCAAAAAGGAUAAGGUCACAACCUCGUACAUUGGAAUGCGCUUUCCCGCUUCCGACAUUCCACUUCCGGCGAGGAAACUCUACAUCAAGAACGGACUGAGAUAUAUUGAAAACGUGGAUGCAAGAGACAUACCAAUCAUCACAGCCGAAGAAAACGGACAAAUGGACCUGUCGCACUGUCGGAUGAGAGCCGUUUCCAAACCGCAUCUCGUCUAUCUCAAGAACAUGGGAAUCGUAUGCUCCUUGUCUGUGGCUAUUGUUGUGGACGGGGACCUUUGGGGUCUCCUCGCCUUCCAUGGGUAUUCGAGACCCUUUAGGCCGUCCUUGCACCAACGAAUAGCUUGCGAAACGAUCAAUUCGAUGGUUUCCGUCAAGGUGGAAUCGAUCAUGAAAAAGGCACAGAGCGUUAGAGUCAUUGAAUUGUCAGAGGCACUCAUCAAGUGGGAUCCAAAUGAAGACGUUGCCUGCAAUAUUUCCAACUUAGGGGCCGCCUUGCUACACAUUCUAGAUGCAGACGUGUUGGUCGCAAGGGUGUAUGAUGCUGCCAAAGAGAAUCCCCAAACGGUCGUAGUUGGCGAUGAGAGCUUGGUACCAAGGGAUGUACUCUGGGAGCAUUUUGCCGCAAAAUCGCCUAGGGAGGUUUACGCUACCGACACGCGAAAAGCAAUCACGGACAUGGGUCUGACCAUGACGGACUGUCCGGCGAGUGGCGUUGCCUAUUAUCGUGAUGGACUUGUGCAGGUCAUGAUGGGACGGGGACUGCGCUCGAAAGAUGUGAUUUGGGCCGGCAAUCCUGACGAGCCAAAAUUGAGAAUCGGAGGAAUCCUUUGUCCGAGAAACUCCUUUGACACGUUCAUGGAGAAGGCAAGGAAGGAAUCUAGGUCGUGGUCCGCAUCUGAUAUCCAUGUAUUUCAGGCGUUCAUGGGUCGAGUUUGCGAGCGUUCUCACAAGCGGAUGAUGACGAUGCUUAGGACGGGGAUCAAAGACGCCAACGUGAAGUACUUCAACGCAAUCAACAGAGCCAAGGAAAACUGCGAGUUUUUUGCUCAAAUGAGUCACGAAAUUCGCACGCCUUUCCAUGGAGUAAUGGGCUGCCUUAACAUCCUAAAUGAUUCCCUCGUAGAAAUGGCGGACGAGGAGAUUCAAGACAUGAUUAACACGGCGCUUUCCUCGGGCAACCACAUGAUCAAUCUUCUUAAUGACAUUCUAAGCCUUUCCAAAAACAGGCACCUCUCCAACGCGAUUGCCGACGACCGGAUGAGAUACAGCCAAUUGGCUGAUGACGCAGUUCAAGGGCUACGGUCGCUCGCACUGAGCAAGCACAUUGAAUUCACUUGCGAAGUCAUACCUCCAGAGAACAACCUCAUUGUCGUCACGGAUAAGACCAAACUGUUUCAGAUCAUCUCCAACAUCGUCAACAAUGCAAUAAAGUUCUCUGCUGGAAAAACUGUCAAGGUUCAGCUCAGUCUUUGCGACUCGAUGAAGGAUGCGGUUGAAAAGUGGGCCAAGGAUUCAUCACGAUACACAUCGACAGUGUGCAAUAUGGAAGAGGGCGAGCUGUUUCAUUCAGUAGAAAACGUCAAGGCGCAUCUAUCUAGAUCAGCCGAAGACAAGUCUGGGAAAAAGUGGAUGGUUCUGAUGGUAGCAGACACUGGUUGCGGGAUACGUCCGAACGAGCUUGCAGAAAUGUUUCAACCUUACAACCAAGAGAGCAGAGGAAGCAACAGAAUAUUCCAAGGGACAGGGCUGGGGCUCUUCAUUUGUGUCACUCUCUGCCAGCAAUUAAACGGGUUUCUGUCCUGUUCAAGUGCGCACGGCAACGGAACCGCAUUUCACAUCGGAAUCCCGGUCCAGGUUGAGGAAUCGCAGGGUAGCGAUGCAGAAAACCCCGAUGAGGCGAAUGCGGGCUUGUCUGCUUCUAUCCAGAACCGCCCGAUUUCAAUCCGUGGCCCUAUUGUGGUUUGCGACGACAACGUUGUCAACGUGAAGAUUUUGAAGCGAGGGUUGCAGUUGGACUUGAAAAACCACGACUUGGGGCAUCUUGAAGUAUUGACUGCCGAUGGAGGGUUGCCUGUGUUUGCCUUGUACAAAGAAAGACAUCCCUCGCUCUUGUUUAUUGACUAUCACAUGCCGGACGAAGAUGGAUCAGAGGCGACGCGAAGGAUACGUAGCUACGAAGCUGAAAAAGGUCUUCCGCCGGCGUACAUAAUAAUCUACACGGCCGAUUUGACGGACGAGGCAACGUCUCAUUUACGGGCUUGUGGGACGAACGAGAUCAUGGAGAAGCCCCCACCGAAAGGCUUCAUAGCCUCCAUUGUCAAGCGGAUGGUUGUUGAGGCUGACAGUAGCUAGCGUGUAACUCUCCAAACUACUCGUAGCAAGUUCCAGGUACUGUAGCGCACAGGGUCCAACAGUUUGUUUGGAAAGGUGAAGCUGAAAAACUAGACCUGCGGGGUGAUAUAUACUGUACCGCCAUUCAAGCUACGGACCCAGCAAUAAAUGGUUCUAGAAGUACAAUUUAAAACACCGAGACAAUAGACAGUUCUGAGUUCUGCAACAAGAUUAGAUAACAAUCCAAGCAAGACUAUUUGAAAAGGCUGAAUGAUGGCUGAGAUAUGGGCAUUACCAGUAUACAUCACCCGUUGGUACAUGUCCUGUGUACGCUUGCUUUGAGUCCAGUAAUAAGGGCCCUUGCAACCAUAAGAUAUGAAAGUUUUGUUGUCCCAGUGCCUUUAAAAAAUUGCUCGUUGAGCUCAUCGUUGUUUCAAUUCACGUACCAGUACUAAUACUUUUUAGAAGUACCGUACGGCGCUCCGCAAUUGUACGCUCUGGACCAUUCCUUCCGUACCGGUACGGUUAGAAUGAGUAGCAAACGCGUUAUCUGCGUAAUUACGUAAAAAUUCUUUCUAAGGAGAAUGAGAGCAGAAUGAAGACACGAAGAAGUCCGUUUUUGAGAGUUCCGAGAAGAAUGAUGAGUCACAACCGUACCAGCCCAGCUACUGGCCAGUACCGGUACGGUGGUCUACUCGUACCAGUCCGUUCACGCGUUCAGAUGAGCGGUGCCAAUACCGGUGCGACCGUAGAAGAAGACGUCGAGUUAACCACGAAUCCCAGCCAGCGCUCCGUCAAUCCUGAGUUCGAGAACGGAUUUUGGUGAACUUCCCUCAAGGG